AUAAAACAUUGCCCGUUGCUUGGAGGUCCAAAGCGUGUCAAAGCGUUUCUCGCUUCUUUAAGCAACCGAAAAAUUUUCUUCCAGAUUUUCAGUUUCUAGAGAGAGAAAGCUCGAGAAUCACCGCGAGAGAAAUAGAGAGAGAGAAAAGAAAGAUAAGGAAGCAAGCGCUUUGCUCCUUGAGAGAAGAAGCUUCAGAGCUUGACAAAGGGAUCACUGUGUUCCAAGACUCAGUCUCUGUUUCGAUCGUCUCCUCUACAUGGGUUCCGCGUUUCAACCGGCGCCGGAGAGCGAAACCAAGCCUGUCGGAAUCCGGUUCUUGGAGCACGUAAAGGGUUCCAAGCUUUCGUACAACGCGUACCGUGCAAUCGUCUUGCUCGUGACGUUUCUCGCCUACACGAGCUAUCACGCCACGAGGAAAACCACCAGCAUUGUGAAGAGCACGCUCGAUCCUCAGUCCUCCGAGACAGGAUUGACAUCGUUCCUCCUGAGGUUGAAUUACCUCCGAACUCCCGGCAAGAACGGAGGAGGUUGGGCUCCGUUUAAUGGACCCGAUGGCACGGUCUUACUUGGGGAGAUCGAUGUCGCGUUCCUCGCGAUUUACGCCUUCGGGAUGUAUUUCGCUGGACAUUUGGGAGACAGGAUGAACUUGAGAAUCUUUCUGACAAUCGGGAUGUUAGGAACCGGUUUGUUUACCUCGCUCUUUGGUGUCGGAUACUGGGCCAACAUCCACAGCUUUUACUACUUCCUGUUCGUUCAAAUGCUCGCCGGAUUGUUUCAGUCGACCGGUUGGCCCUCGGUGGUGGCUGUUGUCGGAAACUGGUUUACUAAGAAGAAGAGGGGUCUGAUUAUGGGCAUAUGGAACGCGCACACAUCGGUCGGAAACAUCAUGGGAUCGUUGAUUGCUGCGGCGAUGUUAAGAUACGGCUGGGGAUGGUCGUUCAUGAUUCCCGGUAUCUUAAUCGUGUUUAUCGGGUUGGUGAAUUUUGCUUUCUUGCCUGUAAAUCCAGAAUCAGUAGGGGCGGAGAAAGACGAGGAUGAUUCCAGCUCGUUUGAGAAAAUCGGAGAAUUUAUAAACGAGCCUCUCUUGAGUUCGUCGGAUUCAGAUACUGAUACCAAGAAAAGAGCCGUCGGAUUCCUCGAAGCCUGGAGAAUUCCCGGCGUCGCCCCUUUCGCUCUCUGCCUCUUUUUCGCCAAAUUGGUCGCGUACACUUUCCUCUACUGGCUCCCGUUUUACGUCAGCCACACAGCGAUCAACGGGCAGUACUUAUCUGACGAAACGGCCGGAAACCUGUCGACGUUAUUCGACGUCGGAGGUGUGGUCGGAGGAAUCCUAGCCGGAUACAUCUCCGACCACCUAGGAGCAAGGGCAAUAACCGCGGCCAGCUUCAUGUACGGUGCGAUUCCGGCCCUUUUUUUCUACCGGAGCUACGGGCAUGUCUCUCUAACCGCGAACGCAGCACUCAUGUUCCUAACGGGCAUGUUCGUGAACGGACCGUACGCGCUGAUCACGACGGCAGUGUCGGCCGACCUCGGUACUCACAGCUCGUUGAAAGGAAACUCACGAGCACUUGCGACGGUGACCGCCAUUAUCGACGGGACGGGUUCCGUCGGAGCCGCCGUGGGUCCGUUGCUCACCGGCUACAUCUCGUCCAGGAGCUGGAGCGCCGUUUUCACGAUGCUGAUGGGAUCGGCGCUCGUGGCGGGACUGUUGCUGACGAGGCUUGUUAGGGUGGAAGUAGCCGAGAAGAUCGCCGAGUCACGACCGGAGUCAACGUCGGCUUCACCGGAGGGAUGUAGGUCCCCGGCGGAUCUGGGUCACGUGCUUGAAGUGUGACCCACCGUGACCGUGACUUUUGGGUUAUGAUUUUUUUUAGUACAGAGAUUGUGUUGUAAUAUAUAUAUAUAUAUGUAAUAUGUAUUUGUCGAUUUAGGCCGUGAAAUUAUCAAAGAAAAAGUUUUUUUUUUC